AUGUUUGAGGUCCUCAGGAGCUAUCGCAUGAAACUAAAUCCACUGAAGUGCGCUUUUGGAGUGGCUUCCGGGAAAUUCUUGGGAUUCAUGGUCAACAACAGAGGCAUCGAGGCCAACCCGGAGAAAAUAAAGGCCUUGCUGGAUAUGAGAUCUCCCACAAAGAAGAAGGAUGUACAGAGCCUUACCGGUCAGGUCACUGCCCUGAGCCGAUUUAUCUCCAAAGCGACUGACAAGUGUAUUUCUUUCUUCAAUACGUUAAGGAAGGCCCAAGGCUUCGAUUGGAGUGAAGAAUGCGAGCUCGCCUUCCAGCAGUUGAAGGCGUAUAUGGGACAAGCGCCGCUACUUUCAAAACCUAACGAUGGGGAAAAAUUGGUCGUCUAUCUGGGAGUGUCAGAGCACGCUCUUAGCGCAGCAUUGGUUCGGGAGGAAGAAGGGGUGCAAUACCCCAUUUACUACGUCAGCAAGAGAUUGGUGGACGCGGAAACAAGGUACACACUGAUGGAGAAGCUCGCAUACUGCCUAAAACCAGACACCUCAGGUCGCCUGUUGAAAUGGGCGAUCGAGCUCGCUCUGCUCGACUUGGAAUAUAGACCAAGGACGGCUAUCAAAGGGCAAGCACUCGCGGAUUUCAUUGUUGAAUUCACUGGACCAGCCCAAGUGGGAGAAGAAGCCUCGGAAGGACCAUCCUGGGAACUAUAUGUUGACGGAUCGUCAAACGAUCAAGGAGCUGGGGCUGGAGUUAUGUUAAUCAGCCCGGAGGGCCACAGGAUCCUCUGUGCCCUACGAUUCGGUUUUCGAGCUACCAACAAUGAGGUGGAGUACGAGGCAUUGCUCGCAGGGCUACGGCUGGCAAAAGAAGUACGAGCUGAAGCAGUUGUAAUCCUCAGCGACUCCCAACUGGUCGUUAAUCAAAUACGAGGGGAAUAUCAAGCGAAAGGUGCAAAGAUGGUGGCAUACCUGCUCAAAGCGCGUGAACUUCUGGCCCUUCUCCCAAAAUUCGAGGUACGCCAGAUUCCCCGUUCUCAAAAUUCCCAUGCAGACGCACUAGCUCGACUGGCAACUGCGCGAGAUACAGAGUUCUUGGGGGCUAUACCGGUGGAAUUUCUAGCUGCCCCUAGCACGGAAUAA